AUGGGUCAACAGGAUAUGAGUGCAAUCAUGGAUUAUAUUGAUAAGCUGGAAUAUGAGGAUAAAGUCGACUAUUCAUUCUUGUAUCAAAAAUUACGAAACGCUGCCAGUGCGGCCAAACUGAACAUCAAUGCACCGUUUGACUGGGAGGAAGAGGGCACGACCACUGAGGAUCGUACAAGCUCUGCCACAUCCUCAACCAUGCCAACAAUGCCAGCAAAACCAAAAAGUAAACGAAAAACGAAGAAAUAA